CGACUUCCCGGGACCGUGCGCGCGCGCGCGCGAUCGCUGCGCCGGGACUUGGCAGGUCGGCGGUGCACGGCUAUAGAGUGUACUAGCAGCACGGCUAUCAACAGCGGCGCAGCCAGCGGUGCGGCGGCGGACGCACGCCGAUGCUCGGCUUCGAUGCGAUUUCGCUCGCGGCGCGAGAGGUGGCGGAGGAGGAGGCCGGCAGGCAGCAGCGCGAGCCCGGGCCGGGCGUUAUAUCAGUGGUCCGGAAGGAAAUCCGACUAGCCGGCCCGCCGUCUUCGGUCCCCGACAGCGACAAUGGCCGACGUGCGUCACCCGCAGCCGGUCACUCUGCCCGAUCAAGCCGCCAACGACAAGUCCAAGGUGUUCACGGUGGCGCUGCGCAAGGCUCCGGGCGGCGGCCUGGGCCUUGGCAUACUGAAGGAUUGCGGCGGUCCCGCUGAGACUGGCUCUGUGCGGGUCCACGAACUUUACCCAGGACAGCCGGCGCAGCUCUGCGGUCGCCUCCGAACGGGCGACGUCAUCCUCAAAGUCAAUGGUAUCCGCCUACUCGGCAAGAGCACUGCGCAAGCUUUAGAGAUACUGAGGGCUGCGUCCGGCUUGGUGACUCUUACCGUCUACAGGCAGCAGCCCGAGCAAAAUAAUGACUUGUCGGCAAGCCGGGACCAGUUGAAUCACUGCUGCCGGGCGGCGGGCGACUCCGACAUCGCGCCGAAGAAUGGAGGCUACGAUCCUUCGUGGACGACCAAGAUUCCGCGGGCUUCCUCGUCCUCGCACGACUCGAGCGAACUGAACGACUCGACCCCGCUGCCGCCCAAAUCGUCGCCUCUCGACGCGAAGCCCCAGCUCGGCUGUCCGCUGCCCAGGCCCAGACUGCGCAAUAAGGGCCAGAUCGAGCCUCAAGACGGCACUACGGUACGCGACCUGGCGGGACACUGUGACUUCGACGUGGUGACCGACGGAAGUGUGUUUGGUGACUUGUACAACGGCACCUCACACGAGGACAAGCCGUCGCGUGGUGAUGCCGCUGCUGACGAGCCUGCGGCGGGUGCUGCUCACUGCCGGCGCCACAAGUCCGUGGGCGCGCUCACGGCGGCCCUCAGGUCUUCGGACAACAGCUGCUCGACGCUGGACGAUGACGUGCUGAACGGAUUCACGAGGCGCGGCUCAACAGCCGCGGUGCGCUCGUGCUUCAAUAGCGUCAUGCUCACGGGCGGCUUAGGAGACGACGACGUCGGCCUCACACGCUGGAGAGACUCGGUGCUCACGGAGGAGUCGGACGACUCCGAAGUGCCCCACUGCAGCCGAGCGCUGGCCACUGAGGCGGGCGAGGCCAAGCUUAUCGACGCGCCAUCGUUGGAGAUCGAGUGCGUGGCUGUGAAGCUGCAUCGCGGCUGGCACACCAAGCUGGGCUUCAGCCUCCGGGACUGCGAUCCUGACGCGCGCGACACGCCCAACUCGCCCGUCGUCAAGGCCGUCUACGCGGGGAGCCUGGCCUCGAGAGAUGGGCGCAUCCGGCCAGGUGAUUUCCUCGUCCAGGUGAACGGUUGCGACUUCAUCGGAUGCUGCGCCAAGGACGCCGUCGACUAUAUUAGGAAGUGCAGUGGCAUGCUUCAGCUACUCUUUGUCAGGGUGCACAAGUCAGACUCCGCACCUGACCAGCAAUGAAAGAGACGCCUGAAGAACGCAACCGGCCCCUUCAUCCUCUCCAGCAACCAUUUCCUUGUUAUCCACAUAUUUAUAAACAUGUUACUGAAAUA